CAGUCCUGACGAGAACCUCAGGCAUUUAAAAAAUAUAAAAGAAUACUAUAAAUUAUUUAUAGAAUUAAAUUUGGAUUACUUAACUGUCAGAGCCCAUGUUCCUGAACAAUCUGCCUACAAUCCUAUAGAGCGUAGCAUGUCUACUCUCUCAGGAAAGUUGGCAAGUAUUGUUCUACCUAUUGAUAAUUUUGGUUCAUAUCUUGAUUCUAAUAGCAUUAUUGAGAAUAUAAACCUUGCAAAGCAAAAUUUUUAUUAUGCUAGUAAAAAACUAUGUGAUAUUUGA